AUCAAAAGUCAUACGUGUAACGGCACGGCACGGUCGAGCUCCUCCGGCAGUGUCGUUAUUUCAAACUUCGCUUUUCAAUUCCUGAUCACAAACUGCUGUUCAGGCUGCUAAACGGCUUCAAAACAACAGAUGCAUAUACUAGAACUCGGAUAUUCAACAAGUGCAACAUAACAAUGAAAGUUAAGUACGAGAAGCUACACGACCCAGGCGGUAAAACUGGCUCAACCGGUAAGACCAGCUAUCAACGCCCUAGCUGCUUAUCUCAGCUCUUCCUGUGUUGGGUGAACAGGAUCCUGAGGGUGGGUAACAGUAAGGUUCUGGAGGGAGAUGAUUUGACUGCUCUUAGUCCUGAAGACGAGGCACAGAAACUCGUGGAAAAUCUGGAAGCGUCGUGGAGUGUGGAAAGACUGGAGGCGGUUGAUGCGGACAGGAGGCCGAGACUGUGGCGGGCUCUGCUUGGAACGUUUACCUCAAGAUUCAUCGCGCUCAUCAUAGUCCUCAAGCUACUGGACGCGCUAGGCGGCACUCUUCUCGCCGUCAUGCUCUGCUUCUACCUUGAACCCCUGCAGCACGGUGCGCAGAUGAGCCCACGGUACGCCGCGCUUUUUAUCAGCGGUCUCGCCAUGGCAAGCCUCGUGAAAGUAUUCGCCCACCACCACUUUGACUACCAGACAUGUUUGAAGGGGAUUCGACUCAAGAUUGCCAUUACUGGGAUAAUAUAUAAAAAGGUCCUCGUGUCGAGCCGUAGCGACUUGUCACGUGUCACGGGCGGUUACGUCAUGAACCUGAUCUCCAAUGACGUGAGGAGAGUUGAGAAGUCGAUCAUGUACAUGUUGAUCUUUCUUAAGAUCUUUGUGGAUAUCGUGUCGUCCGUCGCUGUGUUGUCGGUACUUGUCGGCUGGCAAUCGCUCAUAGGUCUUGUCUUGUUCCUACUCGUGGCGGGGUGUAACGCUAUGACGUCACGCUUAUUUGCAAUUCUGAGGCGCAAGCAGUGCCGUGUGACAGACAAGCGGCUGAGCGCUAUGACCGAGGUGAUUGCUGGGAUACGUGCACUGAAGAUGAACGCGUGGGAGUGGAACUACCGAGAAAUGGUCAAAGAGCUGCGAAAGGAGGAGGUGAAAUUUGUGCGAGGUAAAAACCUUAUUCACACGAACGUCUCAGCAUUUUCGGUCAUUACCUCAUCCCUAGCAACGCUUAUAUCCAUCACGGCCCUGGUGCAUUCUGGGGCGGCUAUGACGGCCGCUAAAGUCUUUACACUCAGUACGAUUCUCAACAUUCUCAACUCAAGCAUGUGUAGUUAUUUGCCAGAAUGUACAUAUAAGGUACUGGACGGAAGGAUAUCUACGGAUAGGAUUGAGGCUUUCUUACUGGAAGAAGAUUCUAGGAAAAAGCAAGGUGGACUAAGAAAGCAUUUUAGUGGCCGAAAGAGGUUUAGAUUUUGCGAAAUUGAUAUCAAGAAAGAUGAAGGAGGCGACACAUGUUCUGAUGAGGGUGUAAUUUCUCCCGACUUACCAAGAGAAAUCAUGAGGGAUUUGGGUGCAGAAAUGUUGGUGUCAAAACGUUCUGAGAAUGGUUCCAAGAAUAAUACUCCUGAUACACCUCAAGAAAAUGUAAAAGAACCGAAUGAAAAAAGCGCGGUACUGAAACGUUCUGGGUACGAUUCUGAGAAGACGCCCAAGGAGAUCACCUGGAAGCCAGAAUCGACCAGAUCCCAACGACCAGGCAUUGAGGUGUCAAAAAUAACUGCGAGUUGGAAUGGCGACGCGAAGCAGACUUUACUAGAUAUCAGCUUCAGUGCCGGGCCAAACGAGCUCGUCAUUCUAACCGGCCCUGUCGGAGGAGGGAAGUCCUCAUUGCUCAUGGCUAUUCUUGGGGAAAUACCCCUCAAACGAGGCUUUAUUAAGGCUAUAGGUAGAAUCUCCUUCGCCAAUCAAAACCCUUGGAUUUUCUCAGGAACGGUUCGUGAAAAUGUUCUCUUCGGAUUGCCUUAUGACGAAGCAAAGUACUGGAGGGUUCUUAGAGCAUGUGACUUAGAGGAAGACAUGUUGCAUUUCCCCUACGGUGAUCUAAGUGUUAUUGGCCAACGGGGUAUAAGCCUAAGUGGUGGUCAGCGGUCGCGUGUCAGUCUUGCACGCGCAGUGUACUCCGAUUGUGAUGUGUUGCUAUUGGAUGACCCAUUGAGUGCAGUCGAUCCCAAGGUGGCUCAGCACAUCUUUGAGGAGUGCAUUUGUGGGGAGUUGAGGGAGAAAGUGAGAAUCUUGGCGACGCAUCAGCUGCAGUUUCUUCACAAGGCCGAUCAGAUUGUGCUGUUGAAGGAGGGACGUGUAGCAGCCAAAGGGAAAUAUGAGGAACUGAAUGAAAAUACUGCACUACAAAACUUACUAAAAGAGACCAAGCUUCUUGAGCCCGUGCGCGACCAGCGGUCAGAUGAUGGCGCCAGGGGCCUGGGCAUGACUCGACGCGCCGGAAGUCGCGACAUGGAAGAGGAAGACGAGGACCGGGUCACUGGGGUGGUCACGUGGCAUCUGUAUUGGGAGUACUUCCGGGCGGGUUUAUCGACGCCUCUUUUGUUGAUACUGAUUGUGUUCUUUGUGGCGGUGCAAGCGGCGCUUCUUAUCCCUCACUGGUGGCUCUCAAGUAUUGCCAGGCUCUCUCGGUAUGAUAAGCACAGGGUGACCGCACUAGAGGUGUACGCUGGCCUGACCGCAGGCGCGCUAGUUCUCGCUAUGGUUCGUGCGUUUGCUUUCUGCCACUCCGCCAGUCUAUCGUCCAACAGACUGAAUGACAAGAUGACUGUCGCCGUCAUCAAGUCACCUGUACUGUUCUUCGAUACAAACCCUGUUGGCAGGAUUAUGAAUCGCUUCUCUAAGGACACAGGUGCUAUGGAUGACAUGCUACCCAUCCAGUUCUACAAAGCGGCGUCUGCUAUCCUCCACUUCUUAGGCGUCGUACUACUCACUGCGGUCGUCAAUCUCUGGUUUAUUGUGGUCAUAGCUCCACUGCUGGCAGGGUUUGCACUUUUGACGCGGUAUUACCUCAAGGCAGCGCGCGAACUUCAAAGACUUGAAAGCAUACGAAGCAGCCCUGUGUUCGCGCACGUUGCCGACAGCAUCGAGGGACUGGAAACGAUUCGAUCAUUCCAGAUGGAGAAGGAAUUUUGUGCUAGAUUGACCAAAUAUCAAAACGAAAACACGCAGGCCUCCUUCCUGGUCAGAGCGGCAAACAGGUGGAUUGGACUUUACCUAGAUCUACUCUGCGCAUGUCUAGUCACCAUGGUAGCGAUAGGAUCGUACCUACUCAGCCAAGACCCAGCCCUCACAGGUAUGCUGUUAUCGUUUGCGAUCGGCAUCAUAGGUCAGACGCAAUACGGAGUCCUCAAAGCCACCGAAGUCGAGUGCCUCAUGACGUCAGUAGAACGCGUCAUCACAUACACCAGGCUUCCCUCGGAACCAGGCUAUGAGCGCCAAGUACAGCCACGCGAGGACUGGCCCGACCGCGGCGAGCUGCGACUGCAGGACGUCUCGCUAGCGUACUACGAAGGCGGGUCAUGCGCAUUAGAGGAAGUGAAUGUGAGGAUCCAGGCGAAAGGGAAGGUUGGGAUUGUUGGACGGACCGGAGCGGGAAAGUCCAGCUUGGUAGCGGCGCUGUUUCGUAUGCCGGAACCUAAAGGCGAGGUGAUUAUUGACGGCAUUGAUUUGGGUAUGAUUAACAUCCAGGCAGCGCGGCGGGCGAUGAGUGUCAUCACGCAGGAUCCGGUGGUGUUUGCCGGCAGUCUAAGGAAGAACCUGGAUCCGGUAAACGCAUUCAAUGACCAGGAACUUUGGACAGCUUUGCGGAAUGUCCAGUUAGCAGGCUGCGUGUCUUGCCUUCCUGGAAAGUUGGACUACCGUCUAGGGGAGGGUGGGGCAGGGCUAAGCAUGGGCGAGAAACAGCUACUUUGCCUCGCUCGAGCGCUACUGCAGAAGUGCAAGGUCUUAAUUUUGGACGAAGCAACCGCUAAUGUUGACUACCGGACGGACAGGCUAGUCCAACAAGUCAUCCGUGACCGGUUUUCGGACUGCACCGUGCUUACGAUCGCACACAGGAUAAAUACUAUUAUGGACUACGCGUCAGUUGUAGUCAUGGAGCAUGGUCACGUGGUUGAUAAUGGCGCGCCCGAAGUGCUUGCCGGGAAAGAUGGUGUAUUCUCAUGCUUGGUCAAGGCAAGUCAGGGGAUUACAAGUAGCUAGCUGUUAGCACUUAGCCUUACCACCAGGCGGUUAAGAAGCAGCAGAAUAAUGCAAACAUUUAUUUGUGAUUCGUAUAUGUAGCUAUGUGGCCGUUAGCUAUGUAAAAGAUUUUCAGAUCAUGCAAGAUCUUCUUUGUUUUGUUUUUCAUUUGUUCAUUUUCUUUGAAAACAAUUGAGUAUUAUCAAUUAUUUAACUAUUGAUCAUAUGUUUAACUGCUUUGAAAGUAAUUAGGCAUUAGAUUAAAUAUUCAAAUAUUUGCUUA